ACAGGGGGUCGGGUUGGCGCUGCUCGUGCGGGUCUCAACCUCGCUCCGCUCUCUCCUGUCCCGCAGCCCCGGCCGCCAGGACCGCGCCGCACCCGCGACAGCGCCGGGCUGUGCCGGCCGCGCCGCAAAUGAAGUGCGAGAACUGCACCAAAAAGGAAUGCAGUAAAAAACAGAAAAAUGAUGAUACACAAAGCACAUCUGUUGAUGCAUUGAGUUCAAACGAUGGCUUUGAAGAGAAAAAUGAGUUUGAUACUCUGGCUAAUGCUAAAAUACUCCUUAGCGACUGCUUAGCCUGUGACAGUUGCAUGACAUCAGAAGAAGGAGCCAGAGUUUUCCAACAGAACCAGAAGGAGUUCUUUCGUGUUCUCAACCUUAAUAAGAAAUGUGAUACCUCAAAACACAAAGUGUUGGCAGUGUCUCUAUGCCCUCAGUCAUUGCCUUAUUUUGCUGCUAAGUUCAAUCUCUCUGUGAAUGAAGCAGCCAAGAGACUCUGUGGUUUCCUCAAAAGUCUUGGGGUGCAUUAUGUGUUUGACACCACCAUAGCUGCAGAUUUCAGUAUCCUGGAGAGCCAGAGGGAAUUCGUGCAGCGGUACCAGCGGAGGAACCAGGAGGAACAUGCCUUACCAAUGUUUGCCUCUGCCUGCCCUGGUUGGAUCCGAUAUGCUGAAAGGGUGCUCACCAACCUGGUGACCUCUCACAUUUGCACUGCAAAGUCCCCCCAGCAGAUCAUGGGCUCCCUAGUGAAGGGCUACUUUGCCAGGCAGCAGAACUUGUCUCCUGAGAAAAUUUUCCAUGUAGUUGUGGCGCCUUGUUACGACAAAAAGCUGGAAGCCCUGCGGGAAGAUUUCUACACUGCCUUGUCCAACUCAUCCGAAGUUGAUUGUGUCCUGACAUCAGGUGAAAUUGUCCAAAUAAUGGAACAGAAAAAUGUGUCUAUGAAAGAUGUGCCUGAAGUAGCUGUAGAUAGUUUGUUUGCUGACAUAAAGGAGGGAGAUGUGGUGAGGCACGAUGGGAAGAGGUCUGAUGGGUACCUGGAGCACAUUUUUAAACAUGCUGCAAAGGAGCUUUUUGGCAUGGAUGUCAAGGAAAUCACCUACAAAGCACUAAAGAACAAGGACUUCCAAGAAGUUACCCUUGAAAAGGAUGGGGAGACAGUGCUGCGCUUUGCAGCAGCUUAUGGCUUUAGGAAUAUCCAAAACAUGGUCCUGAAGCUGAAAAAAGGAAAGUUUUUGUACCAUUUCGUAGAGGUCCUUGCGUGCCCAGGAGGGUGCCUGAAUGGCAAAGGCCAGGCCCAGACUGAGGAUGGCAAGCCAGACAGAGCCCUGCUUGCCCAGAUGGAGGAGGUGUACGCUGCCAUUCCCGUGCGGCUGCCAGAAACCAACCUGCACGUGCAGAAGGUGUACCAGGACUGGCUGGAGGGCAUGGACUCCAAGAAGGCCCAGGAGACUUUGCACACCACAUACAGUGCAGUGAAUCAAUCCACGAGCAGUUUGGACAUCAAAUGGUAACAGAGGACAGGGCAGAGCUGUGCUGAGCUCUCGGGGUCAGCACAGGGACCCUCUAUGCAACCACGGGCACUGAGCACAGCCAGGCUGUGAGAGAGGCCCUGCCCAGCUGGGACUGUUCUGGGGAAGAACCAUUGCUUUGCAAAACCAGAGAAGUCUCCAAAAGCCCAGGUUCCUGCCACUGUCAUUUAACUUGUACUGUGAGUGUCGUUCCCUCCGUGGAUUUCUUCAUCCAAAAACGUGACCUGGCGAGGCACAGAGGCCCUGUGGGAGUGGAAGUGCUGAUGAAGUUCCUCCAUUCACUUCACAGCAUGGGCUCCUCCAAGAGGGUGAGAUGAUUCCACUCCUGCUCCUAGGUGUGCAAUCCCUGGCACCACAGGAAAACAGUCCACAGGAAUUUCAGUAUUGUUGCAAUUGGUGUGAAGUAACUUGGGAUUUACUUGCCUUGCUAAAGAAAAAGCCCUUUAAAAGGACAAGUGAGUAUAUGAAGAGAUGUAAUGAAUUUCUAUAUGCCUUGUAUCCUUAAUUCAGCAAAAAAUACACAGUUCCAAACUAGCCACCAUUCCUUCCUGAUGUAGUGUCCCAGGAUGCUCCACAGAAACUGAGCCUGGGAAGCUACUGCUGAAUGGUUCCUUUAAAUAGCUCCAAAUAGGUUGGUCGGUACAAAAAGAAAACUUACUUUCCUUUUAAGUUUUCCUCAAAGCUUGCAGCCAGGAGGAAUGGGGCUGCUUUGGCUUCUCUCUCAGAGUGAAACAUACCCACAUUGUUCUUUCAUUUGUCUCCCAUGUUGACAGACUGCUGCAAAAAAACAACUUCCUGGGGUGCCUCUGAGGAGAGAGCCCUGAGCAAUGUUUGUGAGCUCAUCAGAGUUAAGAUACAUCAGCAUCAUGAAGUUUGGUGCACUUAUUUUUUUAAGUAUGCUGUAGAGGUUUCAUUUAACAGCCACUGUAAAGUGCUGCUGGCAUGCAAGCUUGUCUGCAGUGUCCUGAGUUGUCAGAGGGUUGUUCAAGAAUGUGAUGGACAAAAAGAAGAUUGAACUCCUGCCAGACUUCCUCAGAUUUUCCUGGUAACAUCCAAUCCGUUCACCAUUGCAAAGUUCCAGCUUUCCUUGUCCAUCCUGAAAGUGUGGAUGGGCUUUUUUAAUCAUUUCAUGCAGUUUGAAUGAAUCUUCUUGUCCAUGUCUUUAAUAUCACAACAGCUUGUGUGAGGAAGGUCCCAUCCUGCAAAAACCUGGGUGUGUUUGUUUGAAAUCCACAUUUCACCUGAACCCAGUGGAUGGGAUAAAGCAUCAGGGAAGGCACUGCAAGCCCUGGCACUGCUGGAAAGGAGAGAGACACUCAAGUGUCACCCUGAUGACAAGAAAUAGUUCUCUAAACGUGAAGCUGUGAAUAAUUGCAGCCUCCACCUAAACUAGAAACCAUUGCACUUGGAGGGAUGUUUUCUUUCAAGUGCAGAUGAAUUUGAUUACUGAAUGCACACAAUGAGAUUAUCCCCGUGAAUUAGCCUGAGUUGUCCCUUGUAAUAAAAACGUGGUACUUAACGUGGUGCAAUAUCAGAACAUCACCAGAAAUCUACCUCUGUACAGACAGGGAGGCCAGAAGUGGUGGGAAGAGCUGUGUGGAGCUGCAGCUGUGGCAAUUGUCUGCUAGAGAAAGAUGGGGUGUUGCCUGACCUUUUGGAACAGAUUUCUUUUGGAAGCAACAUCCACCUCCUUCAGUCUGAUUUUCUUUAUCUGCCACGAUUUCCCCCAGAAACUCCCACCAGAAUGAUCAUGUGCUAAGGUGUCCUGUUGUGUUUGUACAGGCCUGUUUCUCUGUAUAUAUGGUUUGUAGCUGGAUGCAUGUUUAAAUUAUAUGGCUUCUGCUCUUUGUACAGUGUGCUUAUUUUUUUAUGUGCAUAGGCUGGGUGAAGCGGUACAAAAAAAUGUGGAAUGUUCCCUGAGUGACACAAGAGCUGCCUUGUUCUGAAAGGAGACCCCUGAGCUGUUUGUGCAACGUCACAAAUCCUCCUCGGGGGUGGGUGGCACUUGGGCCCCUGUGUUUGGCUGCUGCCCUGAGGGGCCUCACCCCCUGUGCCAGUGGGGGACCCCAGGGCUGGGCUGGGCAGUGGGGGAAGGAAAGCUGUGGCUCAGUGUGUAAAAUAAACCAUUUCAGUUGGAUCCACCAUUUCUUCCAUCUGCUCCAGUGUUUUAACCCACGGGGGCCGCAGUGUGAGGAGCUGUUGAUUAUUUGUCUGCUGCAGGAUUGUUUUUAAAGGCAAGGAGGGCUACAUGGAAUGUCUGUAUUAUCAUUACUGACCUAAGUAAAUGAGACUUUGUCUUUUUUUUUCUUUUUUGGUCAGCUUUUCUUUUACAAGACUUUCUGGAGUAAAACAUUUCAGUUUUUUAAAGCCCUUUUCUUUAAAGUGCCAGUUGAAAAGGAAAGAAAAUUUUUCUUUCCCCCUCCACCUGCUUUCAUUGAAAUCUGAGGUAUCAGAAAAGCUUAUUGCAGCUUCAUAUACAGUGAAACACUUGCCUGAAGGUUUGAUUCUGGCUUCUAAACCUGCAGCUGGAAAGUGUUAUUGUUGACAGUAACGUUCCAGCUGGGGCACAUCUGUGGCACCAACAGUGCCUCAGCUGUUUGGGAGAGCUCUGGGUCACAGCUACACCUCCAGCUCUCAUAAAUGGAAGGAGAAAGUUGCCAGGUUGCUGUGGGAAAUGGUAAUCUGCUCUCUAGAAUUGUAAAUUAAUAUAUUGAAUCACUGCAAGGCAGACAAGCCUCUAUAGCUUUAAAGCCCUUGUGCCUGGGGAGAAGGAUGAAACCAGUCUGUGAGAGCUGACUAAUUACACUGAAGUAACUGUAGAGUUAAUUAAAACCCUGGUGCACAAGGAACAGUAAAAUCCUUAUUUGUGUGUGUCCUGAUGCAACAAACAGCUGGGGGGAUGAAAAUUAGCCCUGAUAAUUAACAGAUAAGGGAUUUUUCAUCAAUGGGUUGGGUGAAAAUGGAAUGAGUUGAGCAAACAUUUCCCUUGAGCAGCUGGGACCUGAACUUCCACUAAAUAAUAAACUGAUCUGAAAAUGUUCUGUGGGUUUUUUUCCAAGGGACAGUAGGGAAGGGUUACCUGGGCAGAGGAAAAGGAGGAGGAGCUGCUGGCACAGAGCAGGGCUGCUCCUGUUGCUGUGUAAACCAGGGACUGGUGAGAGGUUUGCAGGAGGGGAGACAGCGUGUUUAGGUGUCCUCAGCAACCCUGGAAAUGAGGAGCAAACACUGCAAAGCACAGGGAAUACCCCUUUAAACUGCAGAAUUCCAUCUGUGACACCACCCCUGCUCUGAAACCACGACAUUCCUGCCCCCAUUUUCCAAGGGAGUAGUUGGGUGCAGCUGAAAAACAAUGUCCAAAUUCUGCACAUUUACCUGCUGAAAGUCAAGUUUUCCACAGUGUAAAUGCUUUUUUUUCCUCCCCCUCGAAAAAGACUUUGUGUAAAACAUCAGUAAAAUGUAAUGGAAUAUCCAAUUAAAACGUUAUAACAAUUAUUGAA